AAAGCAGAGUCUCAAGCACAACAACACAUACUUGCUCUCCUCUCUCUCAGCCAAAAUCCCUCAAAACUCUUCAGUUUUCCAUAGCAGUACACAGUCACACACACAGUCCAUACAGUCAUUUCAAGAAUACCCUGUUUUUUUUCCUUGUGUUUUUUUAAUGUGUAGUGAAUACCAACAAAAUAUAUGUAAAAAUGAUAUCAUCUUUUACAUUUAUUUAGCCAAACAUACAGUCCAAACUCUUGGAAAACUCACUUCCCUCUUUUACCCACUUAUUUUCCCUUUUUCCCCUUCAAAGAACCAAACAAAAUUCACCAUUUUUUCAACCUACCCCAUAAAAAUCUUUAAUUUCAACUAAAUUCAAGAACCCCUAUUUACCCUUUUUCUGUUCAUUUUGCUCACAUGCAUUCAUGAGUUGGGUCUGUAGAGACCAUUCAACUCGUAAUGGGUUGUUGUAUAUCUCAGUUGGCAGCAAAAUUUGCUUUUUUUCCUCCAUCACCAGCUACAUACCAAGUCAAGAAAAAGGAUGAUGGAAGACUUGUUGCUGUUUCUACUACAUCUUCUAUGCCUAUUUCUGGUGCUGCUGAUGAUCUUUCUCUUGAUGUGCUCUUGGUUGACACCAAAAGGGGCAACAAGAUUGUAGCUUUUUACUUGAAAAAUCCAUAUGCUAAACUUACUGUGCUUUACUCACAUGGCAAUGCUGCUGAUCUGGGACAGCUAUAUGACUUGUUUGUUCAGCUUAAAGCUAAUCUCAGAGUCAACCUUAUGGGAUAUGACUAUUCUGGCUAUGGAGCAUCUACAGGAAAGCCAAGCGAAUUUGAUACAUAUGCGGACAUAGAAGCGGUGUAUGACUGCCUUCAGACAGAGUAUGGAAUUAGCCAGGAAGAUUUGAUUCUCUAUGGACAAUCUGUUGGAAGUGGCCCAACAUUACAUUUGGCGGCUAAAUUACCACGUUUGAGAGGUGUGGUUCUGCACAGUGGCAUUCUUUCUGGCCUUCGUGUGCUUUGCCAUGCAAACUUCACUUUUUGCUUUGACAUUUAUAAGAAUUUAAACAAGAUUCAGAAGGUGAAAAGCCCUGUGCUUGUUAUACAUGGCACAGAGGAUGAUGUGGUCAAUUGGCUACACGGUAAUGGACUUUGGAAAAUGUCGAGGGAUCCAUAUGAGCCCUUAUGGAUCAAAGGAGGCGGCCACUGCAACUUGGAACUUUACCCGGAUUACAUCCGCCACCUUUGCAGGUUUAUCCAAGAAAUGGAGUGCAUGACCACUGAAAUCAGGCUGAAAAAGAUCAAACAAACGUUACGUCUGCCCAAGAGAUCAGACACCACCAUUUCUACCAACUGCUGUUGUCAAGUCAAAUGCAGACUACCUAAUUGUCUAAAUUGCUCAAAAGUGAGCUGCGCAAAAUGUUGCUAUUGGCCCAAAUGCCCUAAAUGGAAACCCAAAUUCUCGGUAUGUUGGAAACCUAGUUGCCUCGGAUGUUCAUGCAUGUUACCAAAAUGUUCAUGCGCGUGCUCAGAAUGUUCAUGUGCAUGCCCAAAAUGUUCAUUUACGUGCCCAAAAUGUUCGUGUGCAUGUCCAAAAUGCUGUUGUUGGAGCGUAAAAUGUUCGUGUUGGUGAUUGUUAGCAGGUGGGUGGUGGGUAUACUUAUUGGUUCAGUUGGAAGGCAAUAGUUUUGUAUAGUUUGCACAAGUUGUUGAUGGACUUCCAAAGAUGUGCAGUAGCCUGGACAGUUUGACAUGAUGUAGUUAAUUUAGAAGAAAUCUAAACCUAUAGAAUUUUAUUCUUUUUAUCAUUUCCUCUACACUGCUAAGUUAUUGUAUCUUCUAUGUUAGUCCUACUCAAGGUACUCUACUCAUUCAAUUUAGAUCCCCAGUUCCUCCUCUU